AUGUACUCUGACGAGAGUCGUGUCUCGCGCCGCGUCGUGCCCGCUUUCUUGCAGAAGCUCUACGAGAUGGUUAACGACCCAAGCAACCAAGGCUUGAUCAGGUGGUCAGAUGCUGGAGACUCGUUCUAUGUCCUCGACCAUGAACGAUUCGCGCGCGAGGUCCUUGGCCGUUGGUUCAAACACCAAAAUUUCUCCUCCUUCGUCCGCCAACUUAACAUGUACGGCUUCCACAAGAUCCCCCACCUUCAGCAAGGCGUCCUCAAGUCCGAGUCGGACACGGAGCACUGGAAUUUCGAGCAUCCCUCCUUCCGUCGAGGGCAACCCGACCUCCUCUGCCUAAUACAACGCAAGAAACAGGCCGCGCAACCUACAGGUGUGCUCGACGUUAGCUCGAUUGUGAACGGGAUCGCGGCCGUGAAACGGCAUCAGGCCACGAUAUCGUCCGAGUUAAGCGAGCUGAAGGCGUCCAAUGAACACCUAUGGCAAGAAGCGCUCGCCGCCCGAGAGCGACACAAGAAGCACCAGGACACGAUAAACCGCAUACUCAAGUUCCUGGCGGGUGUGUUUGGU